GUGCUGGAGCUGGUGCCGGUUGCUCUCUGGACUGCAGGGGGUGCGGGGUCCCCUCUCCGCGUUGCCUGCCCAGCCUCAGCCGGCUCGGAGGCGGCAGCCAAGCAGCGCGGUCCUCGCCAUGCUGGCGGCAGCUGGGAGCCGCGUCUGCCUGGGCCGGCUCCUGGCCGAAGGGCAACUGCACGCCCCCCUGCUCCGGCCGGCAGUCCGUGGGAUCGCGGCCACUGCAGCUUCCUCCAGCAGCGCCCACAACCGAAGCCCAGGGCCCAUCAGCUCGGCUGAGAAGAUGUACAAAGUACCUGGUAGUUACAAACCUUCCAACUUUGACAAAAAAAUCCUCAUGUGGACAGGACGCUUCAAGACUGAAGAAGAGAUUCCCUCAAGGAUCCCGCCAGAAAUGCUGGACAUUGCAAGAAACAAAGCUCGGGUAAAAGCCUGUUAUCUAAUGAUUGGACUCACAAUUAUCGCCUGCUUUGCUGUGAUUGCAUCAGCUAGAAGGACUGAACACCAUGAGUCCCUAACAAGCUGGAACCUAGCAAAGAAAGCCAAGUGGCGUGAAGAGGCUGCAGUAUCAGCAGAGUUUAAGACUAAAUAAUAUUUCUAUUAAAAGCUGUGAAUUUGCUAGUAGGAGCAAACACCACAAAAAAACAAACAAAUGUUAUUUGGCAUAAUUAGUGACUGUAACUAGUUAGCAGACUGCUCUGUUAAAUAACAACACAUUGGAGCCCAACAAUGUUGCACUCAAAAAAAUGUUGGGAACGAAGGGAAUAGGGUGUCUUUUUCUACAUUACACAGAGAUAUUUUCAGUACUUGCAGCAGAUGACCAAGGUCAGUUCAAAUCUUUAGAAAGUUCUAAUAAUUCCUUUUUUGCCUCAAUUUGAUAAAAAAUAUGUAACUGUCCACAAAGACAACACAUACAUCACCUACCCUGUCCUGAAAUCUCUUCCUGUUAGAUUUGAUUCUGGAGAUUUUUCUAUCGACACAAAAUUAUAUUACUGACAAGAACCACCAUUUGAAAACUGUUAUAUAUUAAAGAAAUUAAAACAUACUAAAAAAAUUGUGCAAGCCAAAAAUCAUUUAAAUACUAGGGAAGCCAGUGACUAUGUAGUUGGAAAAAUUAAUAGCAUCCCUACAGUAUCUCUGUUGAAUCUCGUUUACUAGACCAGGCUGAACUGACACAGUUUACUUAUAGUGUUGUAGCUAUGUCAGUACCAGAUAUUAGAGAGACAGGGUGGGAGGGGUAAUCUCUUUUAUUGGCCCAACCUCAAAAGCUUGUCUCUCCCACCAACAGAAGUUGAUCCAAUAAAAGGUAUUACCUCAACCACCUUGUCUCACUAAAGUUUAUACCUCACCCACCUUGUCUUGCUAAAGUUUACUUAGUUCUUUUGCAAAUAAAACACAAUAAGCAGCA